AUGGAUCCGCCAGAUGCCAAAUCGGAAAAGCCAGAGAAAUCGUACCUCUCAGCAGCGGUAGAGUCGAUCAGUCCAUGGGGAGGCUCGCGGUCCUCUACUCCAAAGCCCUCUUCUUCUGGUAGUCCAGGUGAAAAAUCCGGCCUCAAGAACCAACACGGGGGAGAUGCCACCACACAGCAUUGGCACGGUAUCAAGUCUACAGACUAUCCAGAUGACUGUCCCUCUCUCAAUGCCCGGUGGUUUUAUGCAGUCGAUGUUCCGAAAAGAAAGCCGAAACUGAUCAGCAACGCUGUGGAAGAAGCCAGGCCAACCCCACCUCCCAAAAAGUUUGUUGCAUUUUCCGGCCACGACUCUCGUGCUAUAGAAUCAGCUUAUCAGAAACUUGCCGAUGAUUAUCACAGCAACAAGGCGAGCCUCGGGCAGGAAGGAGCAGAUGAGUUUACGGGAACCUUUAAUAAUGGUUCGAAAACACAUGCAGGCAACACCAGUCAGGGCGAACAUCCUGGAAUUAGAGUACCUGUCCACGAGGACUUUCUCUUUGACGUUGAUAUUGAAAAGCGUGAAUUGGCGCCCGUCUACUGGCUAGGCCCAAUAUUCCAGGUCACCAGAGGAACAUGGUUUUACGAUGAUGGUAAGGCAUGCGACGAGAGCUUAGCAGCACAGUUGGAGCAAGGUUAUUUGAAGAUAAAACCGUUCCGAUAUCCCACUCCACCCACGAAAAUGAAACAAGCAUCUAAAGCAGCUGAAGAUCAAAAGUCGCUCGCCAAGUCCGGGGCAUUUGGGCGUGCUCGUACCGGAUCUGGUGACAGCACACCGAGGGGCUCGAUAGAUGGUCAACGGCCGCAGGCUCUUGGCGCGGAAGAGGAUAUUCAAAAGACGCAUCGUUUGUUCGGAACUUACAUGAACAGUGUGGUGACAUACCAGGAUUCAACCAUUGCUUGGUUGACUGUCGAUACCAUCAUGGCUAGAAUGAGUAGCACAGUGUACCAAAAGUUCGCUGGUGGAGGAUAUCUAGGUGGUGUCAGACUUACUCGUGGCUAUACUGAGUCCCGCAAGUCGAGUGCCGCAGCUGCUGAUAAGGCCCCCAAUACACCAAUAUCUGCGGCGAUGCCAGACUCUUCACUUGUACCGGGCCUCCAGCUCGACGAGAGACAACAGAAACUGCUGAAGCGUAGAUCUGCACCAGCCACCACGAAUGCAAAGGAAGAGAUAAAGUCGUCUGUGACUACAGAUAUCGCUACCGAAGCCGCGGCUUCUCUUUUUAAAGGCAAUGAAGACUCCGAAGCAGAACUGAUUAGGAAGCGUGACGAGUCUAUGAUGCAGAAUGAUUACAAGGAUCGUGAGGGUGAAGACCAAUCGAGAACUGUUGAUCAUUUGAUACUUUGCACUCACGGCAUUGGCCAGAGGCUUGGAAUGCGAACUGAAAGCGUCAACUUCAUUGGGGACUGUAAUGUAUUGCGCCAGACGCUCAAGAAUGUUUAUGGGGGCUCUGCUGAUUUACAAGCACUCAACUCUGAAAUUGACAAGUUGCCCAAAAACUGCCGCGUCCAGGUAUUACCCGUUUGCUGGCGUCAUCUCUUGGACUUUCCCAAAAAGAAACAAAACAGAAACGAGCACGAUCUUGGAGAUACUGAAAAUAUUGAAGACGAAUAUCCAAUGCCAUUUGUGAGGAGUCUUAUCACUGAUCUGGCCCUGGAUAUACUGUUGUACCAAAGCGCUUACCGAGAACAUAUCAUGAUCUCAGUCUUGAAUGAAUGUAAUAGGAUAUACGCGCUUUUCAGAGAGCGUCAUCCAAACUUUGAUGGGAAGGUCCACCUAAUGGGUCACUCAUUAGGAUCUGCUAUUUUGCAUGAUUUGUUAUGUCGACAAAGAGAAACCCCGAGUGUGCCGAGCGCAAAACAGAGGCAUCAGAAAACCCACAAAACUACUGGCAAGUCGGAUUCAACACCCUUAGAUUUUAACUUUGAGGUUGAGGAUUUCUACUGUCUCGGAUCCCCGAUUGGACUAUUUCAGAUGCUCAAAGGGCGGACUAUAAUGGCAAGGCAUAGCCGCGCGGAUGCAGUGAACACCGAAUCGCCACUUGAUCCUGAAUAUAUGCAAGAUCCCUUUCUGGCAUCCGGACCCUCGACCGGAUUUUCAAACGGAGAAAAUGUAUCCCGAGUUACUGGCCUUCCUCUCACGGUAUCGUCUCCAAAAGUUGCACAACUAUACAACAUCUUUCAUCCAUCGGAUCCGAUUGCCUAUCGCCUGGAACCUUUGAUUACGCCAUCUAUGGCUUCGAUGAAACCCCAACUACUUCCUUAUACUCGCAAUACACUCUCUGCAUCUGUCAGUGGAAUUGGCGCUAAGGUUGGACAAACAUUCGGUGGUUUGUGGUCUAGUCUGAGCUCAGGAAUAGCGAGUAGCCUUCUGAAUCGUAGCCUAGGCCUAACUAACGAUGACGUGGCGAGGAUGGAAGCUGGAUCUGGUCUGCAGACCAGGGCAGCACCGCAGUCCGUCGGUGCUGGUACAAACAUAUCUUCGGGCGGCGUGAUUCCACCACCGCUAAACCGUGAAAAUACUAAUGAGAAGAAGCAGCAGCUAGCUGAGGAGACAGCUGCUGCGGAUAGAGAUGGCGGCGAUGCACCAACACUGAUUCAGGAUGAUAUUGAGACUUUAUAUGCUAAUUUCCAAAAGUCGGCGAGAGUUCGACAAGGCGAAAUUGGAUCGGACAGAGAAUGGCAAAUGGCCGAGGAGAAGGGCAGGAAGCUUCGUCAGGACGAGGCCAAGGUAAGAGCGCUAAACCGUAAUGGCCGGGUAGAUUAUUCCAUUCAAGAGAGUGUCCUUGAUUUCAACCCAAUAAAUACCAUUGCCAGCCAUCUAAGCUACUGGGCGGAUGAAGACGUUAGCCACUUCAUAAUGUCUCAGUUGUUAUCGAGACAUCGUCCUACCGCGCCACGGACAGGUUUAUCCUCGAGAGACAGAGGUCAUGUAUAA